AUGUUUCGCGCUACCGUCGUACGCCAUCUUGGCAGCCCCACCUACGGGAACUGGCCGUGGCCGUCGAGGCUUCCUCUCAAGAAGAACUGGUUUUAUCACCUCAGUCGGCGGGAAAGCAUUGCGGAUGAGAAGCGUCAGUUCAUGGUAAUUGGCGACUUUCUGAUUUUAUGUGUGCUUAGCUUCUCCCUGUACCGCGUGUACGUGCUGAAUCGGAACAACUCCUAUCAAACUCAUCUUUGCCACUUGGUGAGCUUUCCACCGGCAAUCAUUGCGAACGAGUUUGACUUCCAGGACAUGAAUGCGAACCGCAGAGUGGAAAGGAAGGAUUUGGAUGCGUACCGUGAGGCCGUUGUGUCGUGCAAGGGCGCCGGUAGGCCCAUCGAAUCCAUCAUCUUCAACUACUAG